GGCGAGACUCUCGGCGUGUGAGAGUGAACAGGAGCGAGAUGCUGUAUUCAGGAGAAGGUCCGCCAUUAUUGGGAAGCUGAAAAAACAGCUCUCUCCUCACCGUCACACUUUGAGCCAGUACAGGGCUUAAUGUUAGGAAGGGGAACAUUUGGCACAGGAGGCGACCAGUGAACGCGUUUGUGCUUUUGGCGACAGAGCAGCGCGCGUCGUAUCGUAGCCUACGGACUGUUAGAUUUUUAACACAACAAAGGAAAUAAUAAUUGGUCAAAACAACGUGGUGGUGAAGCAAGAAGGGAAAACAUACUGAAACAGCGCUUUGCAACGCCUCCCUCUUUCUUUUUCACAAGACGAUUCCAGCCGUGUCGAGCAGAGCAGAGUUUGAACAGCAUCGUGCGUUUUCCUGCGAGAAUUUACUUGUUUUUCCUUUUCAAACAAGGAGCGCAAAGGAUAUGCAGAUGGCACCCCCAAACUUUAGAUGCAAGAGCACUUAAUGUGGGAAGUAAUGGACAGACAGGCGGUUUAGAGUGAAAACUAAUCGAUGUGAGGCUUUGCGGGGAGUGCUUUAUGCGUGUUUUUGAAGUAUUUUCACUGGGGACGCGCAGAGAAAGCGAAGGAGUGGACCAGGGCUGGACACAGAGAGGAAUGCUAUGACUGCUGUGUCGAUGAAUGAAAGUGUCGACCGCCAGUGUACCUGUCAACGCUGGGGGAACUCCAUGGAAAAAAAUCUCCCCGAUCCCGGAAAACUGUGCCACUACUUCACCAAGCCGCAGUCCACUGAACACCUCUUAAAUGGAAACGUCUCCUUUGACAGUCUACACCUCUCCUAGAACCUGAGGACAGCAUGGCAGGAUGAGCCUCUGCCAGCGAGUAUAAUGUCCAAAAAGCAAGAUGUCCGGACGCCCACUUACAACCUGGUUGUGGUCGGGUUGUCUGGAACAGAGAAGGAGAAGGGCCAGUGUGGGGUGGGCAAGUCCUGCCUGAGUAACCGCUUUGUCCGGCCUAGUGCUGAUGACUUCUACCUGGACCACACCUCCGUUCUGAGCACCAGUGAUUUUGGAGGCCGUGUGGUGAACAAUGACCACUUCCUGUUUUGGGGAGAGGCAUCACGGACAUCUGAAGAGGGCCAGGAGUGCCGCAUAAAUGUGGUGGAGCAGACAGAGUUUAUUGAUGAUCAAACGUUUCAGCCCCAUCGAAGCACAGCACUCCAGCCAUACAUUAAGAGGGCAGCGUCCACUAAACUGGCUUCAGCUGAGAAGCUCAUGUAUUUUUGCACAGAUCAGCUGGGACUGGAGCAGGACUUCGAGCAGAAACAAAUGCCUGAGGGAAAGUUGACUGUAGAUGGCUUCUUACUGUCUAUAGAUGUUAGCAGAGGCAUGAACCGUAGUUUUGAGGAUCAGAUGAAGUUUGUUACAAACUUGUACAACCAAUUAGCCAAAACAAAAAAACCUGUGGUCAUUGUACUCACCAAAUGUGAUGAAGGGGUAGAGCGCUACAUUAAAGACUCUCACUCUUUUGCUAUUGCAAAGAAGAACAUACAGGUGGUAGAAACUUCUGCUCGGUCCAAUGUCAACGUGGAUCUAGCUUUUCUAACACUAGUACAGCUAAUAGACAAGAGCAGAGGAAAACCUAAGAUUAUCCCUUACUUUGAGGCAUUAAAACAGCAGAGUCAACAAAUUGCCUCAGCCAAAGAUCGAUAUGAGUGGUUAGUCGACCGAAUUACAAAAAACCAUAAUGAGACGUGGCCCAGUGUCAGUUUCAGAAUGCAGACUGCCACAGAAUACAAGCAAUAUGUCUUCCUGGAGGGAACAGCGAAGGCCAAGAAGCUGUUCCAGCAACAUGUGCAUAGACUGAAACAAGACCACAUAGAGAAACGGAGGAAAGCCUAUCUGAGCACUCUGCCUCAGGCUCUGUCUGUGCUCUUACCAGAGUUAGACGAAAUAGACCACUUGAGCUGGUCUGGUGUUCAGAAGGUCUUGGAAACAAAGAGGGAGUUCUCCCAGUGGUUUGUUGUGUUAGAUGAUACGCCAUGGGAAACCACUCCUCAUAUAGACAUGGAGGAUGACCGAAUCCCUCAGGAUCUGUUGGAGACCCCUGCAGCUCAGACCAUCUAUGAGAAUCACCUGGAACAGUUGAGGAAUGAGCGCAAGCGUGCUGAGAUGAGGUGGGAGUUUAAAGAGCGGCUGAGUGUGUCUCCUUUCAUCACACCAGGCAAACCUUGGGAGGAGGCCCGCAGCUUCAUCAUGAAUGAGGACUUUUACCAGUGGCUGGAUGAGACAGAAUAUCUGGACAUAUACAACAAGCACCAGAAAGAGAUCAUCGACAGAGCCAAAGAGGACUUUCAGGAAUUGCUGCUGGAGUAUUCUGAACUCUUUUAUGAGUUAGAAGUAGAUGCAAAACCAAGCAAAGAGAAAAUGGGAGCUAUUCAGGACGUGCUGUGUGAAGAGCAGAGGUUUAAAGCCUUACAGAAACUACAGGCAGAAAGGGAUGCUCUUGUUUUGAAACAUAUCCACUUUGUAUACCACCCAACAAAAGACACUUGUCCAAAUAGUCCCCACUGUGUGGACAGUAAGAUAGAGCAAAUACUGGGCUCCACUUUCCCUACUCGAUACCCAUCGUCUGACAGCUCUCGACUGGAUGGGGGAAGGGCUGAAAGGAUAAACCUGGUCAUCCUAGGGAGAGAUGGGCUCGCUAGGGAAAUGGCAAAUGAGAUAAGGGCUUUGUGCACCAGUGAUGACCGCUAUGUGCUCGAUGGAAGAUUGUAUGAGUUAUCCCUUCGACCCAUAGAGGGCAAUGUGCGUUUGCCAGUUAAUUCAUUCCACACCCCAACCUUCACACCUCACGGCUGUCUCUGUUUAUACAACUCAAAAGAGUCACUUUCUUAUGUUGUAGAAAGUUUAGAGAAACUUAGGGAAUCCACCAUAAGCAGAAGGGAAAGAGAGAAUAGCCUGGCACAUCUUCCCCUAUCACUCCUCCUUGUCACUAAGCGAGGAGUGGGCUCCAUAGGGGAUAUAGGUGGAGAGACUGCCCAGACACUUAUCCAUCAAGGUCAGCAGGUUGCUGGGAAGCUGCUCUGUGCUUAUUUAGAUCCAGCAUCCCCUGGAAUGGGGUAUACACGGAAUGUCAGUGAGAAACAGAUCAACCAGAUGCUCAAAGGUAUGCUAGAGAAGCGUCGCAGUAUAGGCAGCAGUUCUCCUCCCCUCCCACCUCCAUCCUCAGUGUUCAGAGACUCUCAGUCACAGUCUGGGUCAGAGACAGAGCUGCGGAUAGUGAUGUGUAUGAUGUGUGGAGACACAUAUGACCUGGACCAGCUCCUCGCCCCCUUUCUGUUGCCACAGCACUGUCGCCCUGCCUCUAGCCUCAGCAGUGGCACCUCAAUUCUGCUAGACCUGAGUGUUGGAGGUCAAAGGCAAAAUAUUGAGCUGUCCCUGCUCUCUUUCCACUCCUCCUUUGCACUUCGAAAGACAGGUCUGGUCCAUGGCUACAUUGCGGUUUAUUCUGCUCGCCGAAAGGCCUCACUAGAAACUCUAUGUGCUUUCUUGUGUGAUGUUCAAGAUAUUAUCCCAGUCCAACUGUUAGCUGUAGGAGAAAGUCAGAUGGAGCUGACAGACUCUGAUUCUGCCAAAGAGCAAGUAGGUCAGGGAGAGGAGCUAGCUCAUGAGAUUGAAGCAAGAUUCAACACCGUGAUCUGUGGGCAUGGGGGUGUAGUAGGUGGGCUUCACAAAAUAGACCUUUUUCAGUCCUUCUUCAAAGAGGUUGUGGAAAAGCGCACUAUUGUAGAAGCCACACACAUGUAUGACAAUGUAGCAGAGGCAUGCACCAAUGAGAGCAUCAGUCCGCGCUGUGGCUCUCCUAGUCCUGUUAACUUUCUCCUUGACUCAGAGGAUGACAUUGACCCUUCACCCCCAUACAAUCCCCUCACUGAGGUCAGCAGUCUCAGCUCCCACCAGGUAACCUUUAAGCUCCCAGAUUUAGAUUCAAGUGAGACUUUCUCUGUCAUUUCUGAGCUCAGUACUUUUGAAAGCAAGCUGAACAACAAGGUUCCUCCACAAGUUAAACCCAAGCCUGUGCGAAAGGUCAAUUUGGGCCCAUAUAUGGAUCAGCAGGGUGGGACAAACCGACGCUCUUUACCACAAACUGUGACCUGGGCUCCAGGGAGUGACCCCUCCGAUUAUGCAGAACCCAUGGAUGCUGUGAGCAAACCACGACCAACUGAGGAGGAGACCAUCUACUCUGUUCCUCAUGACAGCACACAGGGUAAAAUCAUCACCAUCCGCAAUGCUAACAAGGGCCACUCCAAUGGAAGUGCUGGGAAUGGCUCUGAUAGCGAGGCCGACAGCAGCUCUCUGGAGCGAAGGAGAAAGCUGUCUGCUAUUGGGAUCAAGCCUAAGCUUUACAGGGACAGGUCCAAACGACUUGGAAAAUUCAGCAGUUUCAGGACUAGCUUCUCAAUAGGCAGUGAUGAUGAGAUGGGUGGACCACCUAAACCUGACGAUGUAGGAGGGCAUAAGGACUCCAUCGAAGAGAAUGAAGACCCCAAAAGAAGAAAUAUUCUGAAGAGCCUGCGCAGACCAAGGAAACAAAGAGCAAAACCCAGGCAUUCAAUUUCCAAACCUAUUGAAAGCAACUACUUUGGCAUGCCCCUGUCCAGUGUGGUGACCCCUGAAAGGCCUAUCCCAGUCUUCAUUGAGAAGUGCAUUCAUUUCAUUGAAACGACAGGCUUAAGCACAGAGGGUAUCUACAGGGUCAGUGGCAACAAGGCGGAGAUGGAGAGCAUGCAGCGACAGUUUGAUCAAGACUAUAACCUGGACCUAGUAGAGAAGGACUUCAGCAUCAACACAGUGGCAGGAGCCAUGAAGGCAUUCUUCUCAGAGUUGCCCGACCCUCUGGUGCCCUACAGCAUGCAGACAGAGCUUGUGGAAGCCUUCAAGAUCAACGAUAGAGAGCAGCGUUUUCAGGUGAUGAAGGACAUUCUGCGGCGUUUCCCCAAGGAGAACUAUGAGGUCUUCAAAUAUGUCAUCAGCCACUUGAACAAGGUGAGCCAACACAGUAAGCUGAAUCUGAUGACCAGUGAGAACCUGUCUAUUUGCUUUUGGCCCACACUGAUGCGACCAGACUUCACCACCAUGGAUGCUCUGACGGCCACACGCACCUACCAGACAAUCAUCGAGAGCUUCAUCCAACAGUGCUCCUACUUUUUCUACAAUCAGCCUCUUACCGACAUGCCCGGGUCGCCCACCUCCAGCUCUGGGGGAGGGACCUCUGCCUACUCUUGCAUGGCUGGGGUUUACAGUUCCUCUCCUACUCCCUCCCAUACACCGUAUGUCAUGCCCGCAACCCCACCGGUCAUCCCGCACUACGGCCCACCCAUUCACCAUCAUCACCACCACCAUCAUCAUCAUCAUCACCUACAACACCAGUCCCCCCAGAAUUCCCCGCCUCCCACGCCCCAAUCUCCAAUCCCGGCACUCCUGCCACCCACGCUGCACCCCCAUCACCAUCCCCCUGCGGAACAACACACGCUGUGAACCAACAGAUCAAGGGAAAGAGUAAACAUGGGAAUGAUUUGAAAUUUUUUAAGGAAAUGAAAAGAGAAAGUUUGGAGAUGCGGCGAAAGAUGCAGUACGUUUAGGGAGAAUAGAUUUUUGAGAUGCUCGCACAACAUAGACAGGAAGAGACUUUGAAUUGGGUAGGAUCAUUCUGCUCCUCUCUACAUCACCCCUCCUCUUUCUUUAUGUAAAUUCGCCCUCCUUGCCUUAUAGAGAAUCUGCGUAAAAAUGAAGAGAUUUUGCCACAAACUGCAAAAAUGACUCCAGGAGGUGCUAGUAACAAGGAGGCUGGGAUUUGUUCAACAUUCACAAACAAUGAGCUGGCCAGUGUACCUCCAAAACAACUCACCUCCAUCCCUGAGCCUCUAACUUCGCUUGGGAUAUUGGUGGCCGGAACACCUAUUUUGUGAAGACGAAGAGGAGCAGAGAAUCAAUUACUGGACUUUUUUUGUGUCCAUUGCACCACUACAUGGAGAAUUCAAGCAAGAAAAUGUGCUCAGUUGCUGGAAUGUUCUGUCCUUGGCGUCUUGCACAUUCCUACCUAGCAAUCCCUCAUGCAUGCACACUAGACAGACAGAUGGGGUGGUAUGCCAAGCACAGGAAGAAAUGUCAACUGACUGGAUAUGUCAGGGCAGCAGGUUGGAGCAAAGCAUCAUGGGUACUCUCACACACUUAGCAUUCCAUGUUUUGCUGUGUGCGCUCUCCCUCAUUUUGAAAUUUAUUGUUAAACCAAUACAACAAAAUUUUUGCAGCUGAUCAGAAUAAUUUGUCAUUCAUCAUUGUAUGUUUUUGUUAUAUAUGUGAAAAUAUUCUGGCAUCACUGGAUGUCCGUGUGUGUGUGCGUGCAUGUGUGUAGGUGCGCGUGCUUGCGCGCAUGUCCCACCACUUUUUCUGCCUGUGUUUGGGAGAUAUUUGUUGUUUCUCAUAUACCAUGUUGGUUUGAAUGUAAGUGAUUGCUGCAGUUUUUAAAGUAAGGACCUUGUUCAAAAGCACUUUCCUGAGCACUUUGUUGAAGCCACAAAUUAAUUUUGCCAUGACAUGACAGCCACUGUUCACUUUGCUAGUUCAUCUUUACGCCUUGUUUUUGGGAGCACACCACUGACAUCUAGAGGAGAAAUUGGGUUUUGCAGCUCGCAUCCACUAAUGCUGCACACACAGGGAAUUGGGUAGUUUGUCCUGGAGUUUUCUAUGUAGCAUUGUGCUUUUCUCUGGAUUGCAGGUAGGUUUAAAGGCCUGUGUGUCUAACAUGGCCCAAAUAAUGAGAUUUUACAUGCAGAAUAUUGCUUUGAAUACAUUUAAUUUUCAAUUUGUAUUUCUAGUUGCCUGAGACCAUUAAUUGAUCAUUUUAAACAAAUUUAAAACCACUUUAAAUAUUAACUGAUUGAGAAUAUCAUAUUUGUUAUUGGAGAUUUAAGACAUGUAUUCUUGAUGAACUUAACUACUAAGGCUCAUCUGUUAUUGCCAUGCCACUACUUCCCCUUAGGCCUAAGCACUCCUUGUCCAAGAGACAGUUGGAGGAACAGACAGGCCAUUGAUUCAUUCAUCCAUCCUUUCAUUCAUGUGUCUGCAUGACCGGAAUGGCCCAUUCCUCAGCCCAGCCUGCUGUUUCUAUAGAAACCAGUGAGAUUAGGCAUGAGAAGACACCUCUGUGCUUAACUUUUCUUAUUUUUUGUGCACAUAAUGUAUGUACCAUUUGUACAAUGUACAAUAGUACAUCAAUAUACUCUCAAAUUUAUCUAAAUGUCUGAAAUAAAGUUCCACUUUCUAAUUGGUCAGUAUCCCUUUUUGCCCAAUUAAAAAUUGUAAUCUCAUUAAAGGUCUCAUUCUACAAAUAUGCUACCGCACCAUCAGUUGGUGUGAAUGUACAUGUGAUGUAUGUGAGUUAUGGUAGGGCUGUAUAGACAGAUCCCUUAAUAAACCCGUAGCAUUACCACUAUUGGCUCAUGCAGUUUAAAUACACUAUAUCCAAGAUGACUAAGAAAAUCAAAGAGAUGAGAGAAAUAGGGAGGACACACAGCAAAGCGUGUAUGGGAUCAUUUGGGGGUGGGUACUAGGAGGCCAUGACUGUUUUUUCUGGUCAAUUUGGACUGUCUUUGGGUCAAGACUAUGGCAAAUACAAUGUGACCUGGUUCUGUGAUACAUGGCCUCAUAUAGUUGUUUUUUUUUUUUUUUUUUUUUUUUUUUUUUUUUUGCAGAAUGGCGACAGAAAAUUAAUUAAAACAGAUCUACAUUCAGAUGUUUAAUGGAAUCUUAGGGGGGGGGGGGGUCUAACACUGUUGCCCUUUAGUCAGUGGUGAUGGAGAAUUGUUUAUUUUUUAUGUUUUUUUUUAUUAUUUUAUUUUAGAAAAUACAAAAAUACAAAGCAUUUUAUCAAUUUGUUUGUGAAAAAUUGAGGGCAGCCCAAUAUAGUGCAUGAAUCUUCCCGUGGGCUUCACCGCUCUAUUUAAGAGAUGAUAAAAGAUGACAUGAUGGGGGUAAAAGAAAAGGAAAAAAAAUGAAGUACUGUAAAGUAAAAAAAAAAAAAAAAAAAAAAAAGCAUUUACAAAAUGUGUUCUUAUUGCUGAGUUUGAUAAUUUGUCUCAGUGGGAAUGGUGUAUACAGCAAGGCCUUAUGUGAUC